AUGCCUGCCACACUCUCUACCGAUAACAAGGCAGAGAUAGAGGGGCCGAUAUUGCAACCUUCGCGUCCGUCUCGCCAUCGUGCCUCUCUUCUUAGCUUUCCCGGCGCCCCACCUCCCAGUGACGAUCGGCCCAGGUCCGUACACAUAUCUGCGGACGAAUACAAGGCCAUCACAGAUCUCGUCGAUCUAGCAAAGUCUUUCCUCGAGAAGCAACAACAAAAUGGCGACGUCUCGACAUCAUCAACUCAAAGCGACUCUGUUCUCGACGUCUCGAAGGCGCCGAAGCAGAAUGGACCCCUCGACCCCUUUGGCGACAACUUUGAUGCCCGGGAAUGGGCCAAAUCCUUUUAUCGCCUCCGCUCCGACAGCUGCGAGGUACGUAAGGCCGGCGUCGCUUUUCGCAAGUUAAACGUGUCGGGCUACGGGUCCGAUACUGCGUUCCAGACUACGGUGGGCAACGCGUGGUGGCUCAAGGCCGCGGGGGCCAUGCGUGGCCUACUACGUAUCAAGCGUCAACAGGUGCGCAUCCUGCAUGAUAUCGAGGGAGUCGUCAAUGACGGUGAGAUGCUUUGCGUUCUGGGUCCGCCAGGCAGUGGCUGCUCGACCUUUUUGCGUACGAUGGCAGGAGAUACGCAAGGCACGCAGGUGGGGGAGGAUUCUCAUCUCAACUACCGCGGCGUGAGUGCCGAUGAGAUGAAGCGUUACUUCAAGGGCGACGCCAUUUACACCGCUGAAGAGGACGUUCACUUCCCAGCACUCUCAGUAGCGGACACACUCUUCUUCGCAGCCCGCGCAAGAGCACCCAGGACCCGGCCCGCGGGGCUCUCGGCGGACGAGUAUGCGACGUGGGUGCGCGACGUCACCAUGGCCAUGCUGGGGAUCCAACACACGAUGCAGACACCCGUAGGCGGGACCGACGGCGACACAGUACGCGGUGUAUCUGGAGGCGAGCGCAAGCGUGUGAGCAUCGCCGAGGCGGCGCUGAGCUUCGCCCCGAUCCAGUGCUGGGACAACAGCACACGCGGACUCGACAGCGCCGCGACAGUCGAUCUUUGCAAGACUUUACGCGUCCAGAGUGAUAUCAUGGGCAUGGUGAGCGCGGUAGCCAUCUAUCAAGCUCCAGAAGAGGCCUACGAGCUGUUUGACAAAGUCCUGGUUCUCUACGAGGGGAGACAGAUCUACUUUGGAAAGACGACAGAAGCCAAGCGUUACUUCCAGCGGCUGGGAUUUGUUUGCCCCAAGAUUCAGACGACGCCUGACUUCCUGACGUCCAUGACUAGUCCGGCCGAGCGUGAGGGCAUCGUGAAGCCUGGGUACGAACAAAAGGUUCCACGUACCCCCGAUGAAUUCGCCGAGGCAUGGCGGACGAGUAGUCACCGCCGUCAAGUCGAAGAGGAACUGGACACAUACGACGCAUCCUUUUCUCUGAACAGCAGUGGCCCGCGAAGCUCGCGCACACACUUUGCCGAGUUCCUGGAGAGCAAGAAGAGCGAUCAGUCGUCUAUGCAGCGAUGGAAGUCUCCUUACACCCUCUCAUACCCACGCCAAGUUCUUCUAUGCCUGUGGCGCUCCCUAGCGCUGCUCAAGGCCUCGCCGCAGAUGACGGUGAUGAUGCUCGUCCUCAACCUCUUCCAGACGCUCAUCGUUGCCAGCGUCUUCUUCAGGCUGCCCGACACGGCUGAUUCCAUGAAGUCGCGCAGCACGUUGCUGUUCACGGCAGCGCUGGUCAACGCCUUUGGUUGCGUACUCGAGGUGCCGACCUUGUACGCCAAACGGUCCAUAGUCGAGAAGCAUGUCAGAUAUGCAUUAUAUCACGCUUCUGCCGAGGCCACCGCCGAUUUGGUCAUGAGUUUGCCUUACAAGCUGCUCAACGCCAUCACGGUCAACACACUGUUCUACUGGAUGUGCAAUAUGCGCAACGAAGCUGGGUCAUUUUUAUACUUCGUGCUGGUCCAGUUCGCCAUGACUCUGGCCGUGAGCUUACUCUUCCGGCUCGUUGCUUCCGUCACAAAGAGCCACACGGCGGCUAUGGCGCCAUCGACUAUUGUGCUGCUCACGCUGGCGCUGUACACGGGGUUCGCGGUCCCGCCCAUGUAUUACAAGCCGUACGCUUCUUGGAUCGCCACGCUCAGCCCCGUGUCGUAUGGGUUUGAGGCCCUCAUGAUUAACGAAUUCGGCAAUGGACGCAAGUUUCCUUGCAAAACCUUUCUUCCGGCUGGCCCAAGCUACGACAUGGAUGCUGCGAGCAUGAGUAUGAUGGCACGGACGCGCGUGUGUGCCUCGCAGGGAGGUACGCCGGGCGAGACAUUCAUCAACGGCAGCGCGUACAUCACUGGCGCGUUUCGAUAUGCGGACAGCCACCGAUGGCGAAAUGUCGGCAUCGUCUUUGCAUUCGCAGUGGCCUAUUUCGUGUUGCAUCUCAUUGCCACGGAGAUGGUGAGCAGCUCAAAGAGCAAAGGAGAGAUGCUUGUCUUCCCUAGAGGUAAAGUCCCGACGAGGCGGACUGGGGAGCCGACACGAGAUGUGGAAGACCAGAUCACAAAGGGGAAGACAGAAGCACCGGACCGUAGCGGCGGCCAUGAUGGUGAUGAUGAGGGUGAAUUAACCAUCGACCGUCAGACGGCUAUCUUCCAUUGGAGCAACGUCUGUUACGAAGUCAAGAUCAAGAAGAAGGAAACGAAGCGCAUUUUAGACGGUGUAGACGGGUGGUGCAAACCGGGAACGCUCACUGCCCUCAUGGGCGUCUCGGGCGCCGGCAAGACCACCCUUCUCGACGCCCUCGCCUCGCGCCUGUCAGUUGGUGUGGUGACGGGCGAGAUGCUUGUUGAUGGGUCCCCCCGAGAUGCCUCCUUUCAACAAAAGACAGGUUACGUCAAGCAGCAGGACCAGCACCUCCUCACGUCGACGGUGCGCGAGGCUCUGACUUUCAGUGCCGUUCUCCGCCAGCCGGCCCGAUUUUCCCACAAGCAGAAGAUUGCAUACGUUGACAAGGUGAUUGAAAUUCUGGGUAUGGAAGAAUACGCUGAUGCCGUUGUCGGCGUCCCCGGGGAGGGUCUCAAUGUUGAGCAGCGUAAGAAGCUUACGAUCGGUGUUGAGCUCGCUGCUCGUCCUGCACUUCUUUUGUUCUUGGAUGAGCCUACCUCGGGCUUGGAUUCUCAGACAAGCUUGUCGAUUUGUACUUUGCUCGAGACACUGAGGCAAAAUGGGCAAGCCAUCUUGUGUACAAUCCAUCAGCCGUCAGCGAUUCUCUUUGAGCGGUUCGACAGACUUCUCCUUCUUGCUCGAGGGGGAAGAACCGUCUACUUCGGGCAGAUUGGGCGCAAUGCCAAGGUUUUGGUGGACUAUUUCGUCCGCAAUGGCGGACCGCGACCCAAAAAGGGCAAAAAUCCAGCCGAGUACAUCCUCGAACAAGUCAAAGCCAGCGGGAGCGGGAAAAGCGAUGUGGACUGGCCCGAAGUAUGGCGACAAAGCACCGAGUAUGAAGAGGUCAAGGCUCAUUUGGCCAAACUCAAAGAAACAAAACACCAAGAUGCAACGCAGCAGCAGCAGCUACAAGAUGAUCCCCCCUUCGCCGCUCCCACAAUCACCCAGUUUUUCGAGGUGACCAGGCGUUUGUCCAGACAUUACUGGCGCACUCCGAGUUACAUUUACGCAAAGAUUCUCUUGACUUUUGGCUCGGCUCUCUUCAUCGGCCUCUCCCUGCUCAACCUACCAAACACGCAGGUGGGCAUUACGAUCCAGACCAUCGCCAUCUUCAUGUUCCUCACAACGCACCUCAACCUGAUGCAACAGAUAGUCCCCAUAUUCGUGUCUCAGCGCACACUCUACGAGGGUCGUGAGCAGCCUUCACGUACAUACUCAUGGGCCGCCUUUAUGGGCGCGCAAAUGAUCGUCGAGAUGGCCUACAACGCGCUCAUGGCCCCGCCGGCGUUUGUGGCGUGGUACUACCUCGUCGGGUUACAGCGUAAUGCAGCAGAGACAAACGACACCGCCGCACGCGGUGGGCUAGCUGUGCUGUUUAUGCUCGUCUUCUUUUUGCAAGCAAGUACUUUUGCGCACAUGAUCGGGGCCGCUUUUGACCUCGCCGACCAGGCCGCCGGCAUCGGAAAUCUCUUGUUUGUCAUGAUGUUCAUUUUCAACGGCAUCCUUGGGACGCCUCCUAAGUUCUGGGUUUGGGUGUACCGUGUUAACCCCUUCACCUAUCUCGUCGAGGGAUUAUUGGGCACAGGGCUCGCGAAUGCCAAGAUCCACUGCGCCGAGAAUGAGUUUUUACUCGUGAAUCCGCCUCUUGGACAGACGUGUGGCGAGUACUUGCAGCCCUUCAUCGCCAUGGCAGGCGGAUAUCUCGAUGAUCCGUCUGUCCUGGACAACUGCAAGUAUUGCACAACGAACAAUACGAAUCAGGUCUUAGCAGGGGUGCAUGUUGAAUUUAGCAAUCGCUGGCGCGACUUGGGUAUUUUGUUUGCGUACAUCUUCUUCAACGCUAUCGCUGCUUUUGGGAUAUACUAUAUCCGCGUGCCUAAGCCCAAGAAAGAUAAAGCCAAAGCAUCACCAUCACCACCACCACCAUCAUCAUCACACCAAGAUGGCAGCAAUUCAGAACCUCCGCCCAAGUUCCCGCUGGAAGAGUCAGAGAAACAAGCGGACAGGUCUCUGCAGAUCACGCGGGCCGGCAAGGUUUUUGGCUCAAUUCGCUCGUCUAUUCAUGGAGGCAUACAGGGGCUUGGAGGCAGUGGAAAGAGAUACUGGGAUGAUGACAUGGAGAACGCCGACGACGCUCAAAUAAUUGGCAAGGAAGCAGAGUUGGGAUAUUUGAGUGAGGGCGAAGAGGGGAACCAGGAGGUCGAUAUUCGUGAUUUCACUAUGCAAAGGUCACCUGUGACUCCUCAAUAUUGGAUUUAA